CGCGUCUUGUUCUGCCGACCGUCAUGUGAGCACUGCAGUCGAGUUGAGUAUUUUUGUGAAGGAGCGACAAACUAAAUCUUCAUAGGGAGUACUAGUGAUCCUAGCCAUAUAAAUCGAUCAGCUUGGCGUCGUAACAUGCUGCAUCACCAAUACUACUACGUACGAUAAAUCACAGAGGUAGCGGUUCGCUUUUGAUUUGGAUCGAGAGCCUCCAGUGUCAUGGCGCAAAGUACUCAAAUGGAUGCUUGGACUGUUGGGGCGAGCAGAGAGGAUUCAUCCACCAAUAUCGUCACCAUCCAAGUCGACUCAUAUCAGCCUUCUCAACACGGACAAGUGGGUGAAACUGGCGAGUCUCCUAGCACAAUGGCAAAACACUAUACAAGAGUCUGGAAUCUUGACUCCGACUUGGAGGCUGGGAAAAAACUGCUUGCCAAAGAAAUUGGGAUGAACACCAUUGUUUCCAUCAAGAGGGCUCCCAAGGUCCGUGGGGAACUCCGUGGCGCGGACGAAGACAGCUACACACCGCACCGUGUGCCGAUCGGCCCUUACCAUCACAAUUGCUCAUCUUCAUGGAUUGCAAAAGAAAAGCUGCGCUAUGUCGGCUUCAUGCAGAGUGUCUCCGAAAGAUACAAGGCAGAUGGUCUUAAUGGUCUAGUGGAGGAAUUGGAGCCCCGAGCAAGGGAGUGGUACGGGGACGGGGUUGACCACAUGACGCCGGAAGAGUUGGCGAGGAUGCUGCUGCAUGAUGGGUGCUACCUGCUGGGUUGGUUGGUGAACUAUCCGGACGCCCCUCAAACAUCCUGCAACGACCACAACACGGUGUUUCGCGACAUCCUUUACCUCAUUGAGAACCAGUUGCCUUUCUUUGUUCUUGACAAGAUUCACGCGCGCGCCACAGGAGGCUCCAGUUGCCUACUCCACUACAUGGCAACAUACAUCCAGAGUCUGCUGCAUGCUCAGCUCUACAUCAGCCAAGGGAAGCAGAGGCUGAUGGAGCAGCCAUGGCACCUGCUGCAUCUAGUGCACGAAUACUUCCGUCCAGCCAACUUGCCGAAGUCCACAGAUCCGCAGCAGACCGGGCGCACUGGUCGGUGGCGCCGGGCGACGGCAUACCGCUUGCACGCCAAGGUGAGGUUCAUGCCCCGGGACUUCGCGGCCGAAGUAAAUUCGGUCCUCGACGUGCGCCUUGAAGGAGGCACACUGUGGGUCCCUCGCCUGCAAGUCUGCCGGGACACGUGGACGCUCCUACGUAACCUGAUGGCGCUGGAGGAGCAGAUGCCCAAGAGGCCAGUCACGGCGUACUGCAUCUUCAUGUCGCAGGUGGCGUGCACGGUGGAGGACGUCCGGCUCCUGGUUGAUGCAAAGAUCGUCCAACACUUUGAGGGCAGCGACGAGCAUGCUGCCCAAGGCUUUGCCGACCUCUGCAAGGGGGUGGUCAUGGACGUCGACAACAUCGACAGGAACUACCUCAAGCCCAUCUGGCAUGACCUGGAGAAGCGCCACAAGAGCCGCGCACACAACUUUUGGGGCGGCCACUCACAGCGUGUGGCCAUCGCCUUGGCAUUACUAGUGGUUGUCGUCCUCCUUGCCUGUGUAGUGACGCAAACUUUCUAUGUAAUUAUCGGCUAUCGGCAACAAACAAAACAUUAGUGUCCUUUUAGUUUGGACAAUUUGUUAGGGCAUGCAGUACUAUGGUUUGUUUACCUAUUAGUUUAUGAGUCCUUUUACGGUACGUCCAGAAAUAAGAGAAGAGUGUCUCACCGAGCCUCCUCAGCGAUUUGGAUUUC